UGUGUCAGUGCAAUCUGAGGCUUCGUCAUGAGAUCAGCAAAACCAUAACGUUCACCUCUUUCACUCAAAGGUUACUCAUGGUACAGUUGCUGUACUUUUAACAAAGGAAUUGAAAAAGUUUUGUCGGCCUGUCAACCAAACACCACCAACAAGAGGCCAGCACAGGAACAAAUCCCUCAGUAUACGAUCAUUUGGCAGAACUGAUCCGACACGAACCGGUCUGCUGUUACUCUUGACAACAUCCAUUCAGGAAACUUGGCACUGAGAACCUGCACAGCAACAACAUGGAGCCAAGAGAGGAAGAGCAAAAAAUGGAGAAGGAGGAGGACAUUUACAUUCCCAGGUCACCUCCCUGGAAUGCUCAUGGCACAGAUGCAGUCUUGGGGAACCCCACAUUAGCUGCCGAUGACAGGCCAGCCCCGCCCAGCAGCCUGGCUCUGACAGGGCCCCGACCCAGGAAGAAGCGUCUGGUGGCUCCCGCCCUAAGUCUGACACUGGAUCGCAGUGACUCGGCGGUGUCCGAUGACUAUGCCACAGCUGCCCUCUCUCCCUCCCCUGAUGACGACGAUCUGGGGCUGGACAUCGACUUGGAUGCCAUGGAAACGCCCUCGGACAGCGAGUCCCUCCAUUUUCCAGUGCACGACAUGGAUUUGGAGGAUGACCUGCUUCGUCUGGGAGUGGCAUCCCGUUUCCAUAAGGCCCGUGGGUCAGUACCAGAGCAGAUGGGAGUGGGCUCUCUUGACCAAGACCAAGUGGACAGCCAGGGCACUAGGUGGCGCCGGUUCCGCACAGGAGAUCCGCUUCAGGAGAGUCUGGUCAACAUGAGUGUACUGGAACCUUUCCUUCCAGUCUUGUCACAUGGGGGUUACUAUGGAGAAGGGUCUAAUGACAUCAUUGUGUUCUCUUCCUGCUAUCUCCCUGAAAACAACAUGGAGAACUACCAGCAUGUCAUGGACAACCUGUUCAGGUACGUUGUGGGAACGUUGGACCUGAUGGUUGCGGAGAACUACGUCAUUGUGUACCUGUGUGCCAUGGCCCAGCGUGACAAGCUCCCCACCAUUGGCUGGCUCAGAGAGUGUUACACCACCGUUGACAGAAGGUUGAGGAAGAAUCUGAAAGGUCUGUACAUUGUACACCCAACCUGGUACAUCAAGGCCCUGAUCACCAUCAUCAAGCCCUUCAUCAGCUCCAAAUUCAGUCGCAAGCUUCAGUUUAUCGACAGCCUUCGGGAGCUGUCCCAGCACAUCCCUAUUGAGCGUGUGCAGAUCCCCGACUGCGUCAGACAGUUUGACGAGAAUAUGGACAGGUGAUAUGCUGAAAAGGUUGAUCUGGACCACAGUGCAAAGGGACAUGAAGACAAAACAGUGGACUAAAAAAAGGCUCAAAUCUGUCAACCAAUUACUUGACACGGAGGAUGAACCUGGCUGCCCAAUCUCACGUCAGUUGUCCUAUGAGACAACUUUCACCAAAGCACCUACUGAAGGACCACAAGAAGAAACACUGAGCUCCAAAGGUAUCGAGACUGUAGCCACGUUUCCAUCCACAGUUUUUAUGCAGUAAGAUCAUACCAUAUGAAAAAAACAUUAAA